AUGUUCACGCCACCCAAGCCCACGGGGGCGGAUUUUAUCGAUGUGACUGUGUUAAACACUCCUCAACCGCAAGCAACUUCCACGGUACAAAGAAAAAGCACAUUAGAUAAUAAGUUCCUUGACAGGGAUGUUGCUGAAGACAUGUACAAACAGUCUAAGGCAGGCAAGAAUGAUGUGAUACAAAAGUCUGAUGAUUCAUCUCUUGGUAUAAUCAAUAAUAUCUCUUCCUUUUUAGCUGAAGUGAGUGGAAUGGGAGAUACAGAGAAGCAAGGUGACAGUAAAUUGGAUACAGAACGUGAACUUGCUAGGAGAUUACUUCAGAGAUGUAGUGAUAUAAAGACUACAUCCAUUAUAUAUGAUACAAACAAAGAAAAUAAUGCAAAUAUGCAGAACUUAUCUGGUAAUUUUACACCUUUAACUUUAAUUGAUUCAAGUCAGUCUGUUUAUUCUAGUCAGACUAAUCUGCAGAAUAGAAACACAUUGCAUUCAGGUAUUAAAAAAGCAAGUAGUAUUCUUUUUGAACCAAAUGAGAUAAGUGCACGUUCAUCAGGAUUAAGUAGGAGUUCAGAAAAAUGUAUAUCAGCAUUAUCAAAUAAGAAUGUGAACACAUUAACAUGUGAUACAACAACUGCUGAGCUGAUGGCUCAAUUUAACAAUGAAGAAUUUCGUCCUGCUUCUGAAAUGGCCAGUCAGAUGCUGGCUGAUGAACUAUCUUGGCAACAAAAUUAUUCUUAUGCUCUUCCCAUGACAGUUCCUAAGGAAAAAGAAUACUUAAACUUAUCUUGUUUUUCUGGUAUCAUUGGUGAAUUAGACUUAUCAGUAGAGUCUUGUGCUGGGCGCAAGUUAUCCGUGGAUGAGUUUUUCAGAAGAAAAUGUGGAAAUUUCGGAGAAUUAUCGGAUAAUGCGCCAGGAAGACCAAGUUUAGGUUUAUCUGUAAACAGCCCCCAAAAGAAAGGUCAACUUAUACCUUUGGUUGAUUCAACUAUGAUAACAGAAGAAUCCUUAGUUGGAUCCUAUACCAAUAAAGAUAGAAGUCAACAAAAUAUACCGAGUACAACGAAAGAAAUAGAAGAACAAAGCAUCAUGAGUUUAACAAGUAUUGCUCGAGCUUUACAAGAUAUUGAUAAUGGUACACCACGAAGAUUGGUGGAUCAACUUAUCAUGGCAAAGAAGAAGAAAAAAUCUAUGCAAAUGAUGGAAGAGAAGCCAGAAAGAGAUACUUACACGUUGUUACCUUCAAAUAGAAAAUCCAUGCCAGCUACAUCAAGCAGGAAUAUUGAACAUUUCGAAAAAAAUAUGGGGUUAUUAAAUCUCUCAACAAAAUUGUCUUUGGACAGUAAAAUUACCAAUGAAGUAGUAAACAGUAAACAUUCUAUUCCAGAGAUGUUAUCAUUCGAUUCCAAUGUAGGUGCGAGAACCUGUUUCGAAACUGCUUGUCAGGAGCUUAAGAAAGAAAGAAAUAAUGGAAACAUCCCACCUUUGUACAAUCAAGGUACAGUUUCAUUUUUAAAAUUUUACUUGACUAACAAACACAUUAAGUCUCUGUACUCAAUUUGGUUUAAGGAAGAUCCUUAAUUUUAGAUUUUAUAUCUUGAUCUUGAAAAAGAAGAAAUAGGAAAGAAAGAAAAUAUAAAACAGGAAAAUAUUUCUUAUAAAGACAAAACAGAAACAUUUAUACAAGAUCUCUCAAAUUUGCAAGGCACUCAAUCUCACUUUAAUAAUGUUGCAAUUGGAGAACACACAGAAGAAUUGUGCAGCUGUAUCGUGGGUAUGUCCAGAGAGGCUAAUAUCGAACUCUUAAAUAAAAGCGAUAGAUGGGUCAUCUGCUCGCUGAGCGUACACCAAGUGCAAGGGGACAAGCAUAAUGUUCGACUUACAUUACCAAAAGAUGUUAUUCUUAUUAAACCAAAUUCCGAACAACAUGCUAAGAUUGGAGUAACAGUGAUGAAAAUGAGCAAACCAAUUAUAACAGUUAUAAACAUAACAGUAUCGGAUAUGGUAACGAGAUCCGAGUGGAUUAUGAAACACAUUAUCUGUCUCAAGCCUGAAGAGAUCGAUAUCAGUAUCUUAAAUCCCUCUCAGAAAAAGGAGUUAGACUUUCAGUGUGUUGUUGAGAACAGUACAGCAGUUUUACCUAUUACAAUUAAGAACAAAAACAGCGUCAAUGUUCCUAUCAAAUUUUCCAUAUUACAGAAUGGACCGAUAGUAUUCAGCCUAGAAAAUUCUAAUGAAUUGAAACAUGUAACGCUUAAGCCUCAAGAGGUAUUCACCACGAAUAUCAAGUGUAUAGGUGUCUUGCACCAAACUACAGAAAUGCAACAACAAUCUUUACAAUAUCAUGAUGGCACAUUAAUUAUUCAAGCUGCAAAUACUUCAGAAGAUAGUAUAAUCGUCAAAGAAGUUCCUCUUCUCGUACAAGUGGGAACUUGUAAGAUACAAGUAAUCGACACAGAUCUACCGUUGAUCGUUCCUAACAAACAAAGCAAACCAUUGACUGUGAUAAAUUUGGGGACUAUGCCAGCGUUAGUAUCCGCGUCAUUCGUGCAAGACAUCGAAUCAACAAAGAAUUCCAAAUAUUUCUCGAUACAACCGGAAAACUUGUUCGUACAACCUAACGAAACUGGCUGUUUCCAUGUCACGUAUAAACAACAAAAUUUGAACGUUGCCAAAAUGUAUAUGAAGAUUAAAUUAAUCGCAGUUAAUAAUGUCUAUCACUAUUCUGUAAUUGGAGAAUCCAGCGCAUAUACCGAGGCGGAAAAUGAAAAUUUCAUUCGCUGCGAAACACCUCAAUAUUCAUCAUCUACUAGAUCUCCGUCAUCUCCUCAUAGCGUGAUUUCGAACAAAUCAGGUAUAUCUGGCAGAAAUUCACCCCUCAGCUCGGUAUCUGGUUCGACUGUUGCUGGAGACAAGAUUCCUAUAAGAACAACACACGCUGCUUUGGUAUGGAAUAGUGUAAAGACAGGAAAAUCAGAAAUCAAGGAAUUUACCAUUCGUAAUACAAGCAACAAUAAGAUUAAGAUCCAAGCUAUUAUUUCGGACAGUGAGAAAAACUUUCGGUUUCUUCGAGAACGGCAAGCUGUUGGUACAAAUAUUGUACUGCCCCUACAAGGUUCAGAAAGUAGGACGCUGUCUGUUGUAUUUAGCCCCCAUCACAUGGGCGCAGCUGUGGGGAAAAUAGUCUUCAGACAUUAUGAGCCUAGAAGAGAAGACAAUGAAUCUCGACCCUCGAAAGUGCUAUAUCUUUAUGGAUACGGUGGUUAUAGCAAGGUUGAAAUUUCCGAGGCAUUCAAAGACACCAGUGGAAAAAUGUGGUUAUCCCUUGGUAUUUUAAAUUCUGGAGGUUCCUUAAAUGCAAAGAUCAAAUUGCAAAACAUCGGAGAUCUAUGUUCAUACGUUAAAAUAAAAUUGGUGCCAAAAGCUGUGUAUCCUACUAUGGUAUCGAGCUGGCAAGUAAAUCCAACCGAAUUACUACUGAAUCCAAAGGAAAUUCAAUGGGUGAGUUUAGAGUUUCAACCGCGAAAAGAAGACUUAGCAUUAUUACGGCGGUCUGACGUAUCACAUGUAGGAACGCUAUUAAUCAGUCAUGGAGAUGAACCUACACGUUGGCGUAUUCGUAGAUUGUACAAUAAAAUGAAAGAAAUCGGCGAGUUCAAUGGAAAUGAAAACGAGGCUUUUAGAAACAUAGUUCAUCCGAUAUGUAAAGCUUUCCCUGGCGAACAGAUAACGUCAGAUAUAAGCGCUAUCCGAGAUUCUGUGCAAAAUCUUGGAGAUCUUUGUCGAGGAAUUCGUCAACACGAAAUAAUGCUAACGAUGGAAGCAUGUGCCGAUGAAACGCUGUCUGUCCUUCAUGAUAAUGCAGACGAGUCACAGAUGUUUUAUUCCCUUUGCAGUGAUAACAGCCAUAUAUACGAAGGAAAUGGAGAAAGUUUUUUACCGUCUGACACACUAGCAGGAAACAGUACACUUCAGAACGAUAUGAAUACCGGUCAUUUUAUGAUUAGCCCAUCCCUUGUAUUUUUAACUCCACCGACUAGAACGGAAGCAAUUGUAACAAUAAAAAGUUCUUGUACCGUGGCACAACGUUUGAAACUUCUUUAUCAAAUACAGAGUAUCUAA